GAAUCCGGCAUCCGCGGCCCCAACAAAGGCCACGAGCAAGACGCAAACUGAACAGCAGCAAUUCCCGCCGCGUCUGGCUUUGAGCUGACACAUGAAGCGAGCCGUCUCCGCUCCCUGGGCCCGGCGUGCCGUCCGCCAAGGCUGCUUCUACGCCGCCGCCACCACCUCCUCCUCCUCGCCUGAGGCGGCGUCGGAGAAGUGGGACGGGCGGUUCCGCCUCCACAAGCCGCGCGGGCAGCACCUGCUCACCAACCCGCGCGUCCUCGACGCCAUCGCGCGCCGCGCCGCGAUCGGCCCGGGCGACGCCGUCCUCGAGGUCGGCCCCGGCACGGGGAACCUCACCGCGCGCCUCCUCGCGUCCCCCGCGUCGCGCGUCGCCGCCGUCGAGAUCGACCCGCGCAUGGUCGAGGCCGUCACCGCGCGCGCCGCCGCCAUCGGCCUCGCCGACAAGCUCACGGUGAUCGCGGGCGACGCCGUGGAGGUGGACUUCCCGCAGUUCGACGUCUGCGUGGCCAACAUCCCCUACGGCAUCUCCUCGCCGCUGAUCGCCAAGCUGCUGUUCGGCGCCUACCGGUUCCGGACGGCGACGCUGCUGCUGCAGAAGGAGUUCGCGCGCCGGCUCGCGGCCGCGCCGGGCGACGGGGAGUACAACCGCCUGGCGGCCAACGUGCGCCUGGUCGCCGACGUGAGGCUGCUCAUGGACGUGAGCAAGAGGGACUUCGUGCCCAUGCCCCGGGUGGACUCCUCCCUCGUCGAGAUCCGGCCGAGGGCCGUCGCGCCGGGGGUCGAACUCGGCGAGUGGCUCGCGUUCACGCGCGCGUGCUUCGGGCAGAAGAACAAGACCCUCGGCGCCAUCUUCAAACAGAAGAGGAUGGUCACCGAGCUGUUCAGACGGUCGCAGCGAGCGGAAGAACGUGACGGCGGUGCCGGUGGCGUCAGCCUCGGCGCGCUUGACGAUGGCAGCGACGAGGAUGGUUGUGGAAAAGACGAUGAUGACGGCAACAGUGCGGCUGGUUGCAGCGGGGAAGAGGUCGCGGCGUUCAAGGAGAGGAUCGCCGGAGCGUUGGAGUCCGCCGAGCUCGCCGGCAAGAGGCCAUCGAAGCUGUCCAACGACGAGCUGCUGCGAUUGCUCCGGCUGUUCAACGAGCGCGGGGUGCGGUUCCGGUAGAGCACAACCUGCGUCCCCUCUGCCUGCGGUUCGGUCCCGCGCAGAGGUUUCUGUCGCCGAGGCCACGCCACGCCUGGAGCAUUGGCUGGUUGCCUGGUUCCCCAGCACGUCAACGUCAUUGUAGACGUAGUGUUACUUCUGUGCCGUAUACUUCUAC